UAACGACCCGCGACCGACGACGACGAGCGACGAUGAAUGUGGCCCUAUAUUGACGACGGCAUUCGAAGAUCCAGAUAAGGGUCAAAGCCCUCGCUUCCAGCCGCCCUUGAUCGCCCUUCUUCCCUCUCUCUUCUUUUCCUCAGACACUCCCUGACACUUACACUCGCUCCUUUCGCACACGGGGUGUGGACGACGACACGUCGCCUCCGCAGCCACAGACAGCCAUGACAUCUCCAUCUUCCAGCCCAGUUAGCGCUGCUGCCACGCCUGCUGCCUCAAAUCAUGGCGACGACGGCAUCGCAACGGCAAAGGAGCAACAGUCGCCCGACAUCGAAAAGGGUGCGGCCGCGCAGCGCGAACAUGAGCGUCCACCGACGUACGACCCCUUUGACGAAUCAGCCAAAUUCGACUUAGAUCUUCACCUGCGUCGCUUGAGGGAGAAGGCAGAGGAUAUUGGACUCGAGCAGCGCACGAUGGGUGUGGCGUUUCGCGGCCUCAGUGUCGACGGGGUCGGCGCCGGUCUGACGCAGCAGGCGACGAUGGGCUCUCUCGUGACUGAGGCGACCAAGAUUCAUCAUCACGUUGCCAAUCUCUUCCACUCGCCACCUAUCAGGCACAUCCUUCAAGAUGUGACAGGAUGCGUCAGGCCAGGGGAAAUGCUUCUCGUUCUCGGCAGGCCAGGGUCGGGCUGCACCACCUUGCUCAAGACAUUGGCCAAGUUGUGGGAAGGGUACAAGGAUGUGCGCGGGGAUGUCAGUUGGGAAGGCUUCGGUCCGAAGGAGCUCAACGGUCCCUUGCGACCGGAUGUCGUUUACUGUCCAGAGGACGACAUUCACUUUCCCACGCUUCAGGUAGGCGACACGCUCGACUUCGCUAUCGCAUCUCGUGCCCCGCAGGCCAAGCGUAGGAUGGAUCUGGAGCAAGCAGAGGCAUCGCGCAAGGAAUAUAUCAGACUGAACAAGGAGGUCAUUGCUACAACGCUCGGGCUGAGCCAUACGUACAACACACCCGUGGGCAACGAGCUGAUCAGGGGUAUCUCAGGCGGCGAGAAGAAGCGAGUCUCCAUCGCUGAGAUCCUGGCCUCACGCUGUCGAGUGGCCUGCUUCGACAACUCCAGCCGCGGUCUCGACUCGAGUACGGCGCUCGAGUUCGUCCAAGCCAUGCGCACCGCCACCGAUGUCGGACAGCUCGCAACACUCUGCUCUAUGUAUCAGCCAGGUCAAGCUCUCACCGAUCUCUUCGACAAGGUCAUCGUCCUCAACGAGGGACGGAUGGUCUUCUUCGGUGGCAAGAUGAGCGAAGCUCACGAAUACUUCUACAGUCUAGGCUUUGAGCCGCAGCCACGUCAGACGACGGCUGACUUCCUCGUUGCCUGCACCGACUCUCUCGGCAGACGCAUUCGACCUGGCUACGAGGGGCGAGUCCCUAAGACACCGGGUGAACAAGCUCUCGCCUUCCAGCAGUCAGCACAAGGCCAGAAGUGUCGCGAGCAAGUAGAUGAGUACAUCGCCGAGCUUGCACGCGCCCGCAGCGAGGACGAGGCGACGCAGAAGUACCGCGAUCUUGCACAGCAGGACAAGGCCAAGCGCGUGCCCGACUCGUCGCGCUUCGUCCUCUCUUGGCGUCAGCAAAUCACCUUGAGCAUCAAGCGUCGUGCUCAGAUCAUGUGGGGUGACAAGCUCACAACCAUCAUUAUCAGCGUCGCCUGUACUAUGCAAGCCUUGAUCAUUGGCUCAACAUUUUACGACAUGCCAACCACGUCUGCGGGCUUCUUCUCACGAGGAGGUGUCCUCUUUUUUAGCUUGCUCUACUUCGCUUUCCUGUCCGCGGCAGAGAUCCCCAACAGCUACGCACAACGACCUAUCGUCAUUCGACACCACCGUUUUGGGUUCUGUAGUCCAGCGGCCGAUAGUCUAGCCAACACGCUGCUGGACAUUCCCGUGCGCUGCAUCUCCAUCACCUGCUUCUCGCUCAUCCUCUACUUCCUCACUGGACUGCACGCCUCGGGCUCCGCAUUCUUCAUCUUCUACAGCGUCGUCAUCGCCUCGACACUCGCAAUGACGGCGACCUUCCGAGCUCUGGCGGCCAUCUUCCGCGCAGAAGCUACGGCAACCCUCUUCAGCGGCUUGAUCAUCAUUGCCCUUUCGCUGUACGCGGGCUACGUUGUCCCGCGUCCCUCCAUGGUGGACUGGUGGCGAUGGAUCUCCUAUGCGAAUCCGCUCAGUUUCGCCUUCGAGAUCUUGAUCACCAACGAGUUCCGCAAUCUGAACGUGCCCUGCGCUUCGCUUAUCCCUGCGGGCCCUAGCUACGCCAACGUGAAUCCGGCGAACCAGGUAUGCGCCAUCUCGGGCGCCAGGCCGGGCCAGACUGUAAUCAACGGAUUAGAGUAUGCGCAAUUUUCUUUCGGUUACCUGUGGGAGAACAGAAAGAGGAAUGCCGGUAUCAUUCUCGCCAUGUUCGUCUUCUCAGUGACGGUCUAUGCAGUCGCCACGGAAUUUCAGAGCGACCCGAGCUCCGCCGGCGGGGUAAUGGUCUUCAAGAAGGGAACUGCAGCUGCGGCCGCAGCGACCAAGCAGAAGACUGGCGCAGACGGUGGAGAUGUCGAGUCGGGAAAGGGUGGUACGCCCGAGACAAUGUCUGCGGACCGCGAUGCAGCUAUUGCAGAAAUUGAGACAUCCAAGGCUACGUUCUCCUGGCACCAUCUCAACUACGAGGUAUUAGUCAAGGGCAAACCCCGCCAGCUGCUUUGCAACGUCAGCGGCUAUGUGAAGCCAGGGUCUCUCGUCGCUCUCAUGGGCGCGAGCGGUGCAGGCAAGACGACCCUCCUGAACGUCUUGGCUCACCGCACGAGCACGGGCGUGGUGACAGGCGACCUCAAGCUCUCUGGCCGUCCCGUUCCUGCUUCCUUCCAAGCCGGUACCUCAUACUGCCAACAGAUGGACGUUCACCUCGCCACAACCUCCGUGCGUGAGGCACUCCGCUUCUCUGCUGAGCUUCGUCAGCCUGCAGAGGUCUCACUGGCUGAUAAGCAUGCCUAUGUUGAGCAAGUGUUGAGCAUGCUUGAGAUGAACGAAUGGGCCGACGCGAUCGUUGGCGAGGUGGGACAAGGCUUGAGUGUGGAACAGCGCAAGCGCUUGACGAUCGGUGUGGAGUUGGCCGCCAAGCCUUCCCUCCUGCUCUUCCUCGACGAGCCUACCUCCGGUCUGGAUGGGCAAGCAGCCUGGUCCAUCGUCCGCCUCCUGCGCAAGCUCGCCGAUGCCGGGCAAGCAAUCGUGUGCACAAUCCACCAGCCUAGUGGAGAGCUUUUCUGCGUCUUCGAUCGCCUGCUCCUCCUGCAGCGCGGCGGCCGUACCGUCUACUUUGGGGACAUUGGCCCAAACGGCAACACAGUGGCUGACUAUUUUGAGAGUCGCUCUGGGCAAGUGUGCAAGGAGAACGACAAUGUUGCCGAGUACAUGCUCGACGUCAUUGGUGCUGGAGCAUCGGGAGGAAACGCAAAGGGGCAGGAUUGGCAUGCGCUCUUCGUCGCUUCGGACAUGCACCAGCAGUUGCAACGCGAUCUCAUUGACAUCGAGUCGUCCUCUGAGGGUCUUGUUCUCUCGCCUGAGGAGGAGGCGAGAGGCAACCGUGAAUACGCCGCAAGCUACAUGACUCAGCUUAGGUCAGUCUUUUGGCGUACGGCCGUGCACUACUGGCGCGACCCAACCUACUUAGGCAGCAAGAUCGGGCUCUGCUUGUUCGCAGGGCUCUUCAUCGGGUCGAGCUUCUGGCAUCAAGGAGCCAAGGUCAGCGUCGCCUCGCUGCAGAAUAAGCUGUUCGCCAUCUUCAUGUCACUGGUGCUCUCGGUGUCACUCGCUCAGCAGAUGCAGCCCGUCUUCCUCUUAUUCCGCUCCCUAUACGAAGCGCGCGAAUCCCCUUCCAAACUCUAUCACUGGACCGUCCUCCCCCUGACCUACAUCCUAGUCGAAGUACCGUGGAACAUCGUCGCCUCGACGACCUUCUGGCUCCCCUGGUUCUUCAUGACCCGCUUCAACCCAGACAAUUCAGCGCGGGCUGCCUUCUCCUGGUUCCUGAUCUGCGUCAUCUUCCAAAUCUACUGGACAGCAUUCGCCGCCGCCGUGGCCACGGUAUCGGCUAACGCGAUGAUUGCCAGUGUAGCGUUCAGCUUCUUCUUCAGCUUCGUCGUCGUCUUCUGUGGAGUCGUCCAGCCACCGGCGCUCAUGCCGUACUUCUGGCGUCAGUGGCUGCCGCCCCUCUCGCCCUUCACGUACCUCCUCGAGUCCCUACUGGCCAACACGCUCAUCGACCAGCCAGUGCGCUGCGAGCCGGCAGAGUUCUCUACCCUCGUACCGCCGCAGGGACAAAGCUGUGAGGCCUUCUUGAGCAACUUCUCAUCGACGCUCGACCAACCACCCCUCGGCCCAGGAUACUACCAGACAGCGCCUGACGGGAUGUCGUGCUCGUACUGCCAGUACAGGGAGGGCAUCACCUUCCUCUCCGGCUUGAGCGCAGGACCGACCCACUUUGAUGCGUCACACCGCUUCCGCAAUGUCGGGAUUCUGGCCGCGUACUGCCUCUUCAACCUGGCUCUUCUCGGCGGACUCUUUUGGUUGCGGGUUCGCCCCAAGAAUGCGGGAAGCAUGAAGGCAAGCAAGAUGCCAGCUGCUGCAGGCACGCAAGACGACAAGGUCGAGCAGGAGAAGGAGGAUGCAGUUGAUGCUACGACGAGAGCUGCGGCUUUGACUGCUUCUCAUCCUGAGGCGCCGGGCGAGGCGGAGGCUGUGCUCGCAGGUAGUAACGGGCAUGCUGCGGCCAACGCUACGGCUACCACGACACCACGUAAUGAGGCGAGGGAAGUCAAAGAGACGGACUAGAAGUCGAUGUCUUGAGUGCUCCAUCCUUCAAAUCUUGCCCAUCUGCUCCUCGCUCUUCUCUGCUCUUCCCAUUACUGCUAUCCUACACACUCACGUUCGCUUUGCAUUUCACUGUACCUAUCUUCUUUCGCUCCUCUCUGACGAGCUGCUCGCCACCACCCCUUUCUUGACUCAAUCGAUACCACCUCUUUCGCCGAUCAAGCGCACAAUAUCGAGCGGUGCGAAACGAAGUUGCGGAUUGCAGCCUCCUCGAG